UACUGUUCGUCGGUUCUCUGUCCUACAGACAUUUCUUUUUAUUUACGCCAGGCGCGCCAGCUUAGGCUGCGACCUUAUACUCGUCGUUGGAUACAAUGUCGAAGGGGAAGGGCAAGCAAGUCGAGCCGCCAUCGCUCAUGGCACCUCUGCCCAAUCCAUCGGCAGGCAGCGCUAACCCCUCAGCGUCACUCUCGUCCCUGUGGGGUUAUAUCCAGCCCGCUCUCGACCACAUCGUCCGCAUCCCAAGCACCAACCCUGACAAAGCACCAGCCGUUGACAUCGCUUACCACAUGGGCAUACAUACCGCUACCUACAAUUACUUCACGUCGCAGUCCGAGGCUGCCAGCGCGCUUCCGCCCUCUCCAGACAAGGCUCCUGCGAGUGGGACGGAUCUGUAUGAGCAGAUCGACAAGUAUUUCGCAGAGGUUGCGCGUGAGCUGCUCUUGGGUGCGCCAGUGGACGACUCGAGCUUGAUCCAUUACCUUGUGCCAUGCUACAAACGCUAUUCGGCCGGUGCACAGUCAGUAAACCGUCUCCUCAACUAUGUCAACCGUCACUAUGUGAAGCGUGCCAUAGACGAGGACAGGGGCUGGCUGACUAUGACCGACAUCUUUGACGCGAUUGCAAAGUCGAUAGAGGAAGGUGACACACGUGAGAAGAUAUCGAAGAAGCUGAAGGAGAGGCGGACGGAAGAACUGAAGAAGUGGGGGUACCAGGAUGAAGAUGCGGCAGAGCUGCUGGCGAACGCGGAGGCCUGUGCGGAGGCUGCAAGCUCUCUUGACCGCGUCGUUCCAUUAUCGUCCGUCGCGCUUAGGCGCUUCAGAACCGAACUCGUAGAACCCUUGCUGGCAGUCCCAAAGAUGAAAGGAAAAGGGAAGAAGAGGCCUCCGAAAGCUAGCAGUGAUAAGCAUGUAGGACCCAAGGGACGUCUUGCUCGUGCCGUUAAAGAAUUGCUGGAGAACCCCACGGAUAACGAACCAGAAAGAAAUGCACUCGCUACUGGACUUGCAGUAGCUCUACGCUCCACAGGAGUUCGCGCUGAUCAUCCACUUCGAAAGAAACUUGAUAAGUUUGUCGAAUCCCUGCCUUCUUAAUUAUUCUGUAUAUAUGUUGGAUUCCCGGUUUUUUAUAUAUUGUAUUUGGUUGCAAUGGGUGCGAAGUCAAUAGUAUACAUUGGCUUCCAUAUUCAAAUUCACCAUGACUGCGUCGAUUACCCAUCCAGCUUCCUAUCUUUGUUCACCCCGCCCUGGUCGACAUUAAGCAACUCCUCCAUGUCUAUGAGAUUCAUAUCAGACUCGUGAUUGCCGAAGAAAGAGGGACUCAGGUUCGAAAGGUUCGAAAGAUCCAAAGUUGAUAGAUCAAAUCCGGAUCCAAUGUGGUUGUCCGAAGAGGACGAACCACCUUGGUCUAGGUGGGGGCCUGAAGCGAAGCUGGCCAAAAGUGUGCCCGGUGAGGGGGCAUUUGUAUGCGCCAAUGGGACUGUUAAAUCUCCAGUACUAGAACCCGUGUUGGAUUGGUUCCCAGAGUGAUGAUGCAGUGAAGCAAAUAGAUCACUGUUAGACCCACUGCCUUCCACUGCCGAAAGAGCAUCGAAUAAUUCCAUCUCGAGGCCUUCCUGUUUGAUCAUCUUUUCGUCGGUGGAUGACUUGGGCUCAGAGUCACCAAACAGAUCCGACAUCUCGAUAUCCAUGGCAUCCAAGUCAAGUUCAAUGGGCUUGUCCGCAGAGUUUCCCAAGGCUACGUCAAUUGCAGCGGAUGCGUGCAUAUCUACAGGCGAGCUGUGCGUCAAGUCGAUAUCAACGCCUUGCCCUGACUGGCCCGAGGCGGAAGCAAAUGCAGCCAUGAGGUCGAUGUCAGCGCUGGCAGAUGGCCGAGCUGAUUUCGGCGCCAGAGUGACAGGAGAC